AUGACUCAAAAAAAUGACAAUCAAUCAGACUUUGAGCGCUUGGUAGAACAUUUUCGCAAUUCACUUUCGUGUCUGAGAAGUUUGAUCGGAGUGGAACCAUUUAUCGACGUUGCAGGCACGUUCUUCGAACUCAUUGUGAGCAUGUGUCCGGAAAGUUGUUUUCAGGAAUUGCUGGAAGAGCAUUGCGAGGGUCGCAGAGCGCUGGAAUUAGAGCUAGAGAGGGAGAUCACAAGCCAUCCUGAACUAGAUUUAGAGGUGGACCCUCGCUUUUUGAUGAAAAGCAUUUCGCGCACACGGCUGUACGAACGUCAUACCUUAGAGCUGAAAAUCAAGCUAGUGAUCAUCUCCAAGACUGUCAUAGCUUUUUUGGACUUUUUCGAUAAGGAGUAUGCCGAGGCGUUUUUUAAAUUCCGGUGGACGCUUCAGUUUUUGCAUGAAUGUCGUAAAACUCUUGGAAUUUGUGACAUUCCUGUGGCCGUUUCUCUCGACUAUGAGCGAUCCCUAUCGCUUCUAUGUGCCAAAUCACUAGUUAGAGGGUUUGGUGGAUUGCGAGCGACAAAAACCAAAAUCGCCACAGAAUUCAAAGUCAACCGGCUAGACAUUUUCGAAGGGCUACUGGCAAACAUACUCGAUUGUACGGAGCCGAGCAUACUGACAUGUGGUGACGAACUCGAUCAAUUCAUGAUGGAAGAGAUGUUCACGGUCCUAGGCCAAAUGGAGGAGUGCAUAUCGUUUUUAAGAGGUCCCUUGUGCGAAAUUGAAGAUUUUGGUUCCCGAAGAAUUUAUGCCAUUAGGGGGCAACAAACGCACCUAGAUGGUAUGAUUCGCAAAUUCAUCCUCGCCUCAACUUUCACACUAUCUGGAGACCCUUCUUUUCUUUUCUGCUUUGACAAGAUCUUGGAAGGGAUUGUGCUCUAUGGUGGUAUUCACUUAUACGUGAUUGCAUUCUUCUGCGAGCUCAGGUUAUUCUAUGAAGAUGAGCUACUCAAUUGUGGGACGGUCCCGAGACUUUUCGAAAAGAACAGUUCGCCUUUGGCAGCUCUUGCCAAUACACUCGUCGAGCGAGGUAGUGAAAUGGGGACCCUAGAUAAUGAUUUGAAGCACCUUCGAUGCCCGUAUGUUCUUGUGAAGAUCAAUGAUGAGAAGCCAAUAAUAGUGGACGCACUUCAUGAACCGGCGGGCAAACACAGCCACGAAAUAACGCUUCUGCUCAGUGCUGCGAAACUCAAAGCUAAGCGCAAGAUACAUGGAGAGCACCAGUCUGAGGUACAGACGUCGGAAGACCUGUGGAAGAAAGGACUCUCAUGGGUGCAAUUCUGGCAAAACUGUUACUUAGACAACAAAGGAGAGAUUCCCAUUAAGCUCGCAACGCUCUUCAAUGACAUCAACGGGUUGGAACCUUACCUUCCAUAA